AUGGCGUCGUCACUCGCCAGCUGUCCUCUAAAGGUCGCCAGCAGCGUCGCAGCACCCGUCGCAGGCGACAGGUCCGCCACGGUCGCAUCGAGCAAUGCGGCUGUUGCGAUGCCGUUCGUGGGCCUCAAGGCGGGCAAGGACCUUCCCGGCGCUGCCAAGGCCUCUCAGGCGAAGAAGUCUGCUGACCGCAAGAUGCGGACCGUGUCGCGAUCAGUCGCCGCUGGACGCUCCCCCGUGAUCUGCAUGGCCGAGGGAGGCCGACAGGUGCCGCUGGAGGACUACCGCAACAUCGGCAUCAUGGCGCACAUCGAUGCGGGCAAGACGACGACGACGGAGCGCGUGCUGUUCUACACAGGCAAGAACUACAAGAUCGGCGAGGUGCACGAGGGCACCGCCACCAUGGACUGGAUGGAGCAGGAGCAAGAGCGCGGCAUCACGAUCACAUCGGCGGCGACGACGUGCAUGUGGAACAACCACCGCAUCAACAUCAUCGACACGCCCGGCCACGUCGACUUCACGCUCGAGGUGGAGCGCGCUCUGCGCGUGCUCGACGGCGCCAUCUGCCUCUUCGACUCCGUCGCCGGCGUCGAGCCCCAAUCCGAGACGGUGUGGCGGCAAGCGGACAAGUACGGAGUGCCGCGGAUCUGCUUCGUGAACAAGAUGGACCGGCUGGGCGCCAACUUCUACCGCACGCGCGACAUGAUCGUGAGCAACCUGGGCGCCAACCCGCUCGUGCUGCAGCUGCCCAUCGGCGCGGAGGACGCGUUCCAGGGCGUCGUGGACCUCGUGCGCAUGAAGGCCAUCGUGUGGACCGGCGAGGAGCUCGGCGCCGCGUUCGAGUACCGCGACAUUCCCGAGGACCUGCAGGACAAGGCCGCCGAGUACCGCGCGCAGCUCGUCGAGUCGGUCGUUGAGCUGGUGAGUGAAGGGGAGGGAUUAUUUGGUGGAGGUGGUGGGCAGAGGGUUGUGCGCGACGACGACGCGAUGGAGGCGUAUCUGGAGGGCGAGGAGCCGGACGAAGCCACUCUCAAGCGCCUCAUCCGCAAGGGCACGAUCGCGUCGGCGUUCGUCCCGGUGCUGUGCGGUACGGCGUUCAAGAACAAGGGCGUGCAGCCGCUGCUGGACGCAGUCAUCGACUACCUCCCCUCCCCGCUCGACCUACCGCCCAUGAAGGGGUCCGACCCGGAGGACCCCGAGAAGGCCCUCGACCGCCCCCCUAGCGACUCCGCUCCCUUCUCCGGGCUCGCGUUUAAGAUCAUGACGGACACGUUUGUGGGCUCGCUGACGUUCGUGCGGGUUUACUCGGGCGUGCUGACGGCCGGGACGUACGUGAUGAACGCGAAUAAGAACCGCAAGGAGCGGAUUGGGAGGCUGCUAGAGAUGCACGCGAACUCGCGCGAGGAUGUUAAGAUCGCGCGCACGGGCGACAUUAUCGCGCUCGCAGGGCUCAAGGAUACGAUCACGGGCGAAACGUUGUGCGACCCUGACGCGCCGGUUGUCCUGGAGCGCAUGGACUUCCCCGACCCAGUCAUUAAGGUCGCGAUCGAGCCCAAGACCAAGGCGGAUGUGGACAAGAUGGCGAACGGUCUGAUCAAGCUUGCGCAAGAGGACCCGUCGUUCCACUUCUCUCGCGACGAGGAGACGAAUCAGACGGUCAUUGAGGGGAUGGGAGAGCUGCAUCUGGAGAUUAUUGUUGAUAGGCUGAAGCGCGAGUUUAAGGUGGACGCGAAUGUGGGCGCGCCGCAGGUCAACUACCGCGAGAGUAUUGGCCGGCCGGUGGAGGUUAAGUACACGCACAAGAAGCAGUCGGGCGGGCAGGGCCAGUUCGCGGAAGUGGUGAUUAAGUUCGAGCCGCUGGAGCCGGGCAGCGGGUACGAGUUUAAGAGCGAGAUCAAGGGCGGCACGGUGCCCAAGGAGUAUGUGCCGGGCGUGGUGAAGGGACUGGAGGAGUGCAUGGGCAGCGGCGUGCUCGCUGGCUUCCCUGUGGUCGACGUGCGCGCCACUCUCAUUGGGUUCGUACCACGAGGUGGACUCGAGUGUGCUGGCGUUCCAGCUUGCGGCACGCGGGGCGUUCAAGGAGGGCAUGGGCAAGGCCUCGCCGCGGCUGCUGGAGCCGGUGAUGAAGGUGGAGGUGGUCACGCCCGAGGACCACAUGGGUGA